CUCCAGUGCUCUCAGUGGCAAAAGAUCCGCAGUCGCAACCGGUUGACUUUUUUCUCUUCGAUACUUGAAAAAUUUAAAAAUAAUCAAAAAAGAAACAACUCUCUCUCUCUAAAAAUUCGUUUUUCCCUGGCUGGACAUUUUGUUCUGUCAAGUGUCUCUCUUACGUCGUUCGAGUGCGUCUUUGUGUGUGUGUUUAUUUGAACGUGACCAAUCAACUUUUUUUUCCCCCCUUAUUUUUCGACCCACUCAACCAAAAAGAUUGAAAAUUUGUAUGGACUGGUGUUGCCGCUGCUCUUCUAACCGACAACAAGGAAGCCAUCAGCUGCUCCAACGAGUCACUUAAUUGCCCAACCAAAUCUUCUGCUCCCCUGAAAAUAAUAAAACCCGAGGACUUAAAAAUUAGCCAUCGAUUUUGGAGCUGCAGCUAUAGGAACGAGAGAGAGGGAGAGAGAUCGAAUCAAAACGACUAGAAGGAGGAAAAAGGACAUUAGCUCGAAGAUGAAGAUGGCAAGAGCCAAUGGGACGAUGAGGUGGCUCCUCUUGCUCCUCGUGGCCGCCACCGUCUGCAACGGCCAGCAGAAUCACGUCGACCUCAACGACGACGACCACAACCACAACCCCAUGGGAUGCGACUGCAUGGAAUACUGGGCCUGCAUCACCAGCGGAGGCUCGGCGUACAGCUACUGCGGCAACAUGGACCAGAGCGUGUGUUGCUACGUGCCGCGAGGCGCCCGCCCCAUCGGACUCUUGCCCGUCCUCAACAAGUCCAAGUGCGGCCGCAAAGGAAACGUGGCCGCAGCCGUUGGCGAUCGCAAGCGCAGCGACGGACUAGCCGAUUUGGGAGAAUGGCCGUGGCAUGCGGCCGUGCUGGAAAAACCGCAGGAUCUGUACGUUUGCGGGGCCUCGCUUCUGGACGAGUCGUGGGUCGUGACGGCCGCACAUUGCGUCGAUGAUUAUUUGGCGAGUGGCAACAUCAGCUCGGUGCUGAAGGUGCGGCUUGGCGAAUACGAUGUUAGCGUGACGACCGAGCAGCUGGCCUACGAAGAGUUGGACGUUUCGCACGUCAUGGUCCACCCGCAAUUCAACAAUUUGUCUCUGGCCAAUGACAUCGCUCUGCUCCGUUUCGUACAGCCGGCCAGACGCCGGCCUCAUAUUGACGUCGUCUGCAUGCCUCAUCCGGGCCAAGUCUCCGAGACGGAAGGAACCCGCUGCGUCGUCACCGGUUGGGGACGCAAAUUGGAGGAUGGAACUCAUUCGGUGAUCCUGAAGGAGAUCGAGGUGCCUUUGUGGGACGACGCCAAGUGUCAGGCGGCGUUAAAGACCCAAUUUGGGCCCAAUUUCGUCCUGCCGUCCACGUCCAUCUGCGCCGGCGCAGAAGGCAGAGACGCUUGUGAUGGAGACGGAGGAGGUCCUCUCGUCUGCGAAAAAGAAGGUCAGUGGUUCCAGGUGGGUGUCGUCAGUUUCGGCAUCGGCUGUGGGCGGACCAAUUUGCCAGGCGUCUACACUCGACUCUCGGCUUUCGACGGAUGGAUCCACGAAACCAUCCGCAGUUUCAAGACCUUCUCCGGUUAAUAACAAGAUCAAAUAAAUGCAAGAAAUGUUGACAAUUCUAAGGAUAAAAAACAAAAAAACAAAAAAAAAAAAAUGGAACGAACUGGACGACGAUCGAUAUUAAAAUUAUAAAGUAAAUUGAGAAAGAAUGAGAUGACACAACGACGAGUCGUGAAAAUGUUCUGAAUUCAAGUGCAAUCAUGGCAGAUUCCAUCCAUCCAUCCACUUUUUUGGUCGAAUUGGGGUCGAUAUCAUUUCACCUGGAAAAAUGGAAGGAGGUUAACAUUUUUACUUUGAAAUUAUUAUUAUUACCAUCCCCGUUUCCCCCCAUCGUGAAAGCGAAUCUUUGCGGCCAAUUAAUAUUUUUUUUCUCUCUCGAGAAAACGCAAAUAAAUUUAAUUAGGAAAUGAGGCAUUUACACUCCCAGCAGAGUGGGGAAAAAAAGGGAAACGAAAAAAACAUUUUUGUCAAGACACGGGAAAUGCUGAAGAGGCGCAGGGCGCAAAGCUGCAAGUUGGACGAGUGCGUGUUUUUUAUUAAAAAUUUUUUUUUUGUUUUGCAUUUAUUUUAUUUUUUAAAAAAUGACGAGACCUAUAUUAAAUAUCAUAGCGUACGAAUUUCAUGGGGGAAAAAAAAUGACGACUGCGUUCUGUUUCGUUCACACACCGGCAAAACGAGAUUUUUGUAAUCACACAAGAUUUUUAUAUAAUUCCAUCCCACAUUAUUUUUCGUUGAUUUUCAUUUUCUCUUUUUUUAUGUUUUUACCCGAAUUUUUUUUUGUCAAAUCACCCCCCCCUCCCCCAAUUGUCAUUUUUUUUUAUAUUGAAAAUUCACCACAAAUUAUUAUUAUUUUUUUUUAAAUAACACGAAACGUGUUUCCUCGGGUUGCUGAUAUGUGCGUGCGUGAACAAUGUGUUUUUUUUUGGGUGCUGCGCUUCCAUAUUUCUUUAUUUUUUCCCCCCCGUCUUGUCUUUAUAAUUUCCAUCCAAUUCGAAUUGCAUUGUAUAACUUGGAAUGACACACACAAUUUGUUUUUGAAAUUUUUUUUUUUUUUUUACAUUCGGCACUUGAAUACAGUGUCCUUGUACAUUG